CACCUAAAGUAACAAUGGUUUUUUUCUGCCAAUUUUGCUUAAGUAGCCUAAGGUCGCCUCAAAUCGCCCGAAGUCGCCCAAAGUUUCGGCGACUUAAGGUCCCAGAGUAGGCCUUCUCUGUUUCGCAUCUACAAACCUUGUUUUCAUGACAUGUUCUGAUGUCAACUGAAAUGCUAGUCCUAGCCCCCUGCCCGAUGCAAACAUAUGUAUUAGAAAAAGCCUUUCAGGAACGUGAAGGUAAGAUUCACUGCUUAUGUACAUUCAGUCAUGGUUGCCAAGGACAUAGACGAUCAAAAUGGUGUGAAAUUUCACGAAGGCACAAUUUUCGGGAGUUGACAGUUUGCACUGUUGGUUCUUGAUGUCCAGCUGACCUGAACCUGACUUUUUCUUCCACAGGUAUGAGAUGGUCCAAAGAAAGGCCUUCCUCGCCAUCUUUUCCUUUGAAUUCAACCGAAGCAGGUUUAACAGCAAAAAUAACAUUACCACGCUUUCCAGCAAAUGCAAAAUUCUUUCAAGUCAUCGUCAUAAUGGUUAGCUCACACUAUUCUGGUGUAGUAUACUCGCCAGAAAGUUUUACACCACAGGAUCUGGUGACAUAUGAUGAAGCACACGAAUCUCUAGUUCCUGCAGCUUAUGUGACUUUCCAGUUUAGUGGAAACGACUUUGAUAAUUACCAGGAAUUUAUUGUUGGAAGUGGAGCACAAUCAAAUAGUAAAACAAGAAGUAAGAGAAGCUGUGAUAACAACGAGCAGUAUUACAACAAACCACUCCAGCCAAAUACCAACUACAGAGUGUUCCUUAGGGCUUUUGUUACUGAGGUGCUGUAUAUUUCGAGCAACUUCGUAGAGAUAAAGACCAAAGAGAAACCUGCUGUCAAGAAACUACCAGAAAAAUCAAUUUUACUGGUUGGCGAACUGGUAUUGUUGACGUGUGAGGUCACCGGAGAUCCUGAACCUUCUGUUACGUGGACUAAAAAUGGAAAUAGCUCUAUACCACGGGCUCAGUUCAAGAACGGUGGUCGUAUCCUUGUUAUUAAAGACGUGCUUCCUGUUGACAGUGGUGUUUAUCAAUGUAAAGCAUCCAACAAGUUUGGAGAAAGCCGUACAUCUACAGCAGUGAUAGUCGCUGUUCCACCCACAAUAGCUAGAGAAGUUUCCCCAUCUUCAGUGAUAUGUGAAAUGCAAACCCUUUGUACUUUAUCUUGCCAUGCAACCAGUGGCAGUCCUUUUAAUUACUCUUGGACAAAGAAUGGUCAGGUCCCAGGUAGUGAUGACAUCAAAAUCAUGAACAACAUCAUUGUUCUCACGCCUCGUGAUGCAGAGGAUUAUGGGAUGUAUGUGUGCCAUGCUACAAACAGCUUUGGUUCCACAGCCUACAAAAUCACCUUGUCAGAGGGUCACAAGUCUUCAUCGUCUGCGUUUUCAUAUGGAAAAAGCGUUUUCUAUGCUACGGUUAUCACUUUAUCCUGUAUUGUUUUCAUCUCGCUUGUUGUAAAUGGUGUGUUGAUACGGCGGCUAAGACGAGCUUUGCCUGAAAACAGAGCAACGACUGCGGACAAGUCCAUCGCCGAUAACGGAUGUCAAAGUGUUUCACCACGUGAUCAGCACAUGUCAGAGCCAAGUUCAUACAUGGAACUCCGUCCCAGGCCUUUGGAAGGGCAGUCACCUGGUCCUCCUGAGUUCAAAAGUCUACAGGGCAAAGAUGAGGAUACCGAAUAUUACAAUGUGGGAUUUAACGAAGGAAAAGACGGACAGGAAGAAAUUUACCUUGAAAUAGGAAAUGCCUCGUGUUGAGUUGUUUCCGCUCUUUGAAACAGAGGAAUAUAACAGGAAAGCUUAGAAAUAGCCUAUUCACGCAGUGCAACUACCGUGGGUACUAUGUAAAUAUGUUACAUCACGUUUCUUCUGUGUGAAUGUGCUUCACCGCGAAUGAGGUUUCCAAGGGAAACAAAACUUCUCUUGUAACCUUCUAUAUUUGAUUAUCUACUAAGCAUAGUUUGUCUGGUGUGAUCGUGUCGGGAAGCUCUUUAAAUCACAGGAGUGAUCAAAAUCUAAUUUCUCAUAACAGCACCAAUACAUUAUCAAGCAAAGGUGAUGGGAAUAACGAUAAUCAACAAUGUUACUUUGUCUUGAUAUACCACCAAAUUCUCAGAAGUUGUUAAAAGAACUGAUUACUGAAACGAUUAAUAGAACAACAACAGUUCUUUUUAGAGAGAUCUAACCAUUUACUACGUUAGCUAGUGUGCAAAAAGUCGAUCAUAUGUGUAAGCACAGUGUCAUUUUUUUCACCAUUGUGAUUAGCAAUCUCAUAUUUUGCUAUAAUGAUAAUGAUAAUGAUAAUGAUAAUAAUUAAAAUAGUUAAACAGGGAGUCCACCUCACUAUAAGGUGCCCUUCAGUGGGGCCCGGCGUAAAUAAAUAUUAAAAGUUAAAAUAAACGUUAAGUUAAAAGUU